ACGCUUACUUAUCUAAGUGGUUUAUUGUUAACAUAAUUAUAAAUAAAAUGUCAGGCAAAGUAGCUGUAGUUACCGGCUCCAACAAGGGAAUUGGGUACGCGAUUGUCCGCGGCUUGUGUAAGAAGUUCGACGGGACAGUAUUCUUAACCUCUCGUAACGUUGAGCUCGGCAAGAAAGCUGUAGCUGACCUUGAAAAAGAAGGACUCCACCCGAAAUACCAUCAGCUGGACAUAACUGAUAACAAGAGCAUCGAAACUUUUCGGGACUUCAUAAAAAAAGAACACGGUGGAAUAGACAUUCUGAUUAACAACGCAGCUAUCGCCUUCAAACAAAACGCGACAGAACCCGCCGCAGUUCAAGCAGAGCAAACGGUAGCAGUUAACUACUUCGCAGUGCUAAACGCUUGUGAAAAGCUGUUCCCGCUUAUCCAAAAUGGCGGGCGAGUUGUAAACAUCUCAAGUUCAGCCGGCCAUUUGAGUAAAAUACCUAGUGAAGCGUUAAGAAGUCGUUUCAAGGACCCGAAUCUGACCAUCCCUGAACUGUCAGGAUUGAUGCAGCAAUACGUAGAGGCGGCCAAGCAAGGAACACACGCUCCUGAAUGGGGCAACUCGUCGUAUGCUGUAUCCAAAGUUGGUUUGACUGCACUGACCAUGAUUCAGCAAAGAAUGCUCAAUGACAGAGAUAUAAAAGUAAAUGCGGUACACCCUGGAUAUGUGGACACCGACAUGUCAUCUCACAAGGGGCCGCUGUCCAUCGAUGAGGGUGCUGCUGCUCCGUUAUUCUUGGCCCUGGACGCUGAUGACUCGGUGAAGGGACAGUAUGUGUGGUUUGACAAACAGAUUACAAGCUGGGAUGGGAAAACACCCACUCCGUAUUAAAUUACUAAUAAUUAGCAAUAUGUUUGGAACUGAUUCUGAGUAUUUAUUGUAAUAAAUAAUCAUUGGUAAGCGCAA